AUUCCGGCAGUGCUGGAGGACACAGUGGAGGAGCGCGUCAUCAGCGAGGAGUACAAGAUCUGGAAGAAAAACACCCCCUUCUUGUACGACCUGGUUAUGACACAUGCUCUGGAGUGGCCCAGCCUUACCGUGCAGUGGUUGCCUGAUGUGACCAGGCCAGAAGGAAAGGAUUAUGCUCUGCAUUGGCUGGUUUUGGGAACACACACAUCCGAUGAACAGAACCACCUGGUUGUUGCAAGAGUCCAGAUUCCCAAUGAUGAUCAGUUUGAUGCUUCUCAAUAUGACAGUGAGAAAGGAGAGUUUGGUGGCUUUGGAUCUGUGACUGGCAAAAUUGAAACAGAGAUUAAAAUUAACCAUGAAGGUGAAGUAAACCGUGCUCGUUACAUGCCCCAGAAUCCCUGCAUCAUUGCUACAAAAACACCAUCUGCUGAUGUGUUGGUAUUUGACUACACGAAACAUCCUUCAAAACCAGACCCAAGUGGAGAGUGUAAUCCUGACCUUAGAUUAAGAGGGCACCAGAAGGAAGGCUAUGGCUUAUCGUGGAACUCAAAUUUGAGUGGACAUCUUCUCAGUGCAUCAGAUGAUCAUACCGUGUGUUUAUGGGAUGUAAGUGCUGGACCAAAAGAAGGCAAAAUUGUUGAUGCGAAAGCAAUCUUUACUGGACACUCUGCAGUAGUAGAAGAUGUGGCAUGGCAUCUGCUCCAUGAAUCUCUGUUUGGAUCUGUGGCUGAUGAUCAGAAGCUUAUGAUUUGGGACACAAGAUCUAACACUACGUCCAAGCCAAGCCAUUCCGUAGAUGCUCAUACAGCUGAGGUCAACUGUCUGUCUUUCAACCCGUACAGUGAGUUCAUUCUAGCAACUGGUUCUGCUGACAAGACAGUGGCUCUGUGGGAUCUUCGAAAUUUAAAAUUGAAACUCCAUUCUUUUGAGUCUCAUAAAGAUGAAAUUUUUCAGGUUCACUGGUCUCCUCAUAAUGAAACAAUUCUUGCUUCAAGUGGUACUGAUCGUCGGCUUAAUGUAUGGGAUCUGAGUAAAAUUGGAGAAGAGCAAUCUGCAGAGGAUGCAGAAGACGGACCUCCUGAGCUGCUGUUUAUUCAUGGAGGACACACUGCCAAAAUCUCAGACUUCAGUUGGAAUCCUAAUGAGCCUUGGGUAAUCUGUUCUGUAUCAGAGGACAACAUAAUGCAGAUAUGGCAAAUGGCAGAAAACAUUUACAAUGAUGAAGAACCAGAUAUAGCAGCAGCCGAACUGGAGGGUCAAGGAACAUAGUUUUCUUCCUUAAAGAAAUAGUGGGUGUGGCAUAGUAAUAUAAUUUGACUACUGUAUACAUUU